CCUACCUAGGUACCUAGUUAGUGUCUCUUUUCUUUUAGCUCAUCCAACGUCAAUUUAACCUACCUAGGUACCUAGUCUCAUCAUUCAACUACGCGACACGAAUUAAACAUGGCCGACAAACCUCGUCGACGUCGGCAUCGCCCAGGCCCAGGCCCAGGUGCAGCCCCGGGCCCAAGUACGGAUAGAGACAGAGACAGAGACAGAGACAGAGACAGAGAUACCAGACAAUUACGAGACGAGCCCGAUCGACGCGACAGGGAUCGAGCUAGAGAAGAAGGUCGUCGCGAACGAGAGCCCCGGCGCUCUAGAUCGCGUUCACCAAGGGGCGACCGCCGCGAACCCCAUCGUGACCGCAAAGACAAGCCCCGAGACCGAGAUCGAGAUUGGGAACGGGAUCGAGAUCGGGAACGGGAUCGAGACCGCGACCGCCCCAGAGACAGGCCACAGGAUUCUAGGGGCGGUGAUGAAAGAGGAAAAGACGCACGUCGCGGCAAAGAAGACAAGCGCGAGGAUAGAGGUCGGCAUGCAGAUAGCAGAAGCCAAGUUCCCCCCAAAGCCCCCGCCAAAGAACGAAGCCCUCGACGCUCCGUGUCGCCAGCCCGCAGCCCAGCCUCAAGGUUCGAUCGCCCAUCCCAGAACAACCCCCCUCUGCCCACGAGACCAAGGCCUGGCGGCGCCAAGGCAGAGCAUGGCGCAUCCCUGCAAUUCAAAGUUGGCGCGAAGCAUGACGAAGACGACGCACAUCGCCGAUUAGGCAAGAGCAGUGCCGGGAGCAAAGUUUUCGACUCGAGAGGCUCGCCUGAUGAAGAGUCUAGGAGUAGGAGAAAGAGGACUGCGACACCAAAUUCCUCCCAAGGAGAUCCCAUGGAUGAGGAUGGCGAUGAGGAUGGGGAAGUCGUCGUGGAGGAGGAUGACGGGCUGAGUGCUAUGCAGGCCAUGAUGGGCUUUGGCGGCUUCGGCACCACGAAGAACACCCGUGUGCCAGGAAAUAAUGCGGGCGGGAUAAGGAAGGAGAAGAAGACCGAAUAUCGCCAGUACAUGAACCGUGUUGGCGGAUUCAACCGUCCGUUGAGUCCAGGACGAUAGUUUAGCUUCGUAUAUGAUGUUGCUAGUAUCGUCCAAGGAUGUAUAUUUGGAGGGCAAGACAAUACGACACUAUCAAGGCAUAGACUACAUGAGUCCAUUAUCAAUCACAUACUCUUGAUUUCGAAGACUGGUUGAGUGAUAUUAAUCUCGGAGCUUGUUAAGAAGGGACAGGUUCGAUAAUAUUGUUCACGUCACAUAUCGUAGGUUGUCUUCAGUUUGAAUUAUAGAUUAUGCCAGAUAACAUUGUGACUAUGAGAAAGCUGACCCUGAGACGUUUGGACUUACAACGAACGAGACUACCUGUGUGUGUACCAUUUCCCCCCAAUCCAGCAUGUAGCGGUCUUCUCCGCAUGACCAACAGAAUGAAGAAGAUAGAUAGGUACCUAUUCUCAAUUAUUCCAGUUUCCAGUUCCUAGUU